UCACAACACAUUUCGAAAAUUAUAUAGUCGCAUAUUGUAAAUUUUCAAUUAUCAAAAAAUCAUAGGUUCCCGUACGCCCGAUUCUGGUACUGCCUGGCCACCCAUAACUCAAUAGCCGCAUCUCGACUCCACUCCACAAAAUGUGCAAUUUUGAAACAAGGUGACAACCAUGCGAUUGAAUUUUAGGAUUUUCACAAUAGUUCAGCGAAGUUUCAAGAUUUCAGGCGGCCUGCUGACAACUUCAUCAUUAUUUAUUCAACGUGAACGUCACUAUUUCGAAUAUACCAAGCAAGAGAUCAUUGAAGACGCUGCCCGGCGGUACGUGCGACAAAUACAACGAAGCAUCUUGCGACUUAUACGAGAGCCCCAUUCAAUAAUGUCCGAGGCCGAUCCUUCUUCAUUCCGACGGCCGCAACCGCAACCACAGCCGCAGCCGCAGCCCGAGCAUAGUUUUGGCUCGCACAGACAGGGGAAGCCGGACUCCAAUUGUCGCACUUGCAACGACUUUAAGUCAUGGUCCAAGCAGCAGCGCAUAAUCUCAAAUGUGCAGAACUCCAAGGACAAGCACAUGGCAGCGGCAGAGAAGUUGACAGUAAACGCGGCCCAGUUGCCCCGUGAGGAUUGCCCGUUGGACAAAGUCAGCCUGGGCAUCUCUACCUGGGGCCUGCUGCACACGAUGGCCGCCUUCUACUCUGAGAAUCCGACAGACAACGAGAAGCGUGACAUGAAAUCCUUCUUUGAAGUACUAUCCCGCCUCUAUCCGUGCGAGUUCUGUGCAAAGGACUUCCGCACUGAUCUGACAGUGAACCCAAUAAAUGUGAACUCCCAAAAGGAAUUGUCUUCAUGGCUGUGCAUGUUCCACAAUCGAGUGAACGACAAGCUCGGGAAGCCGCUCUUUGACUGCACCAAGGUGAACGAGCGAUGGCGUGAUGGCUGGUUAGAUGGUUCCUGUGAUUAGAUGGAUUCAAUCAUAAGACUACCUACCCCUAACCGUCGGAAGGCUGUUCCGUUCCCCCCACUCCCUCCUCUCCCACGUAUCAAUGUUGAGAAGACUUGACUCGCAUAUUGCUCAACAUGCACACGACUCCGGCUCCUCCAACAUCUAGUCAGUGUUCAGGCAGUACUCCACUGGCGCGCCAAAUUCCCGCUGAGCCGCUUGCUUAUAUUUCCUUAUCCCCAAGCAGAUGGUUAAGCAAUUAUUGGUAAAUGAGAAGAUGUUAAAUUAUAUGUAUCAAACCAA